UGUACUAGGUUUGUUUUGAUUUGGGCAAAUAGUGUGCUGUUGGCUUUCCGAACAGGUUUCAGGGUUUGGGCAGAAGGUCCAUAUCCAAGGUUAGACAAGCAUGGACAGUAUUUCUCCUUACGGCCUAGUUAACUGGUUAAAUGUUUGAGAUGGAAUACUAAGAAAUGUGAGGCCCAAACCUCCCUUUUUUACAAUUGCUGCAGGUACGGCGGUAGCUUUUCGCAAAUGAAGUAAUUUCCGGGAAAGAGUCCUUCCUGAGGCUUGGGGCUCUGCGGGCAGCCUUGGUCUCCCAUGGGCGAAGAACGCCCGCUGUAGACCAGGAACCUUGUCCAUAGAAGCUGAAUCGGCGUUGCUCGGUAACUAAGGGCAACUCUGCCUCCCGGAUGUGACGUCACGUCCCAGCGCCUGUCCUUCCGUCUCCACGGAACUCUGGGCUCCCGGAUCUGGUGGUUGUGUACGUGGAAGAAGCCAGCGCAUGCGCUCGCGGGUCAGCUCGUCGCCUCAGCGGUGCGGGAAGGGCUGAGGGUCCCAUCUCCGCUCGGGGGAGACUCCGGGUCAUGGCCCCCCGCUGACAGGGCCCGCCGAGCGGAGAAGCGGGGCGAGGCAGCCUCGCUGCGCGUCCCCCGGGCCUGAGGCCCUCGGCCUUCCCGCCGCCGCCGCCGCCGCCGGCCGAGGAGCGGCAAUGAGUUGGUUCAACGCCUCCCAGCUCUCCAGCUUCGCCAAACAGGCCCUGUCCCAAGCCCAGAAGUCCAUCGACAGGGUCCUGGACAUCCAGGAGGAGGAGCCGGGCGCCUGGGCCGACACCAUUCCGUACGGAGAGCCGGGAUUAAGUCCCCCUGUCAGUGGAGGAUGGGAAACUUCAACCUGGGGGUUGAAAUCGAACGCCGAACCUCAGAGUCCACCAACAGCCUCUCCUAAAGCAAUUACAAAGCCAGUUCGAAGGACUGUAGUAGAUGAAUCUGAAAAUUUCUUCAGUGCCUUUCUCUCUCCAACGGAUGUCCCGAGCAUUCAGAAGAGUCCAGUGGUAUCAAAACCUCCAGCUAAAUCACAACGACCAGAGGAGGAAGUGAAAAGCACAUUACAUGAAUCCUUGCCUAUUGGACAGGCAAGAAUCACUGAAACAGCUGAGCCAGAAUUGGGAGACUCUGUUUGUGUGUCAGGGGAAACGCUGGCAGUGGAUGCUCCAUCAUCUAAAACUGAAGGCAAGCAUGAAGAAAUUGUUCAUGAAGAAUCCGAGAUGAAGGUGCCAGCUGUACACUUGAAAGUGUCCACAAGCGUGAUUAGUGCAAAAACAACUGCAGAGUGUGUAUCUAACACACCUACGCAGUCUCACCCAGCAGAAACAAAGGACAUUGCUUUGGAACCUAAGGAACAAAAACAUGAAGACAGACAGAGUAAUACACCUUCUCCUCCUGUUAGUACCUUCUCUUCAGGUACUUCUACCACCAGUGAUAUUGAAGUCUUAGAUCAUGAAAGUGUAAUAAGUGAGAGCUCAGCAAGUUCAAGACAAGAGACUACAGAUGCAAAAUCAAGCCUUCACCUGAUGCAGACGUCUUUUCAGCUUCUCUCUGCAUCUGCUUGUCCUGAAUAUAACCGUUUAGAUGAUUUUCAAAAGCUCAAUGAGAGUUGCUGCUCAUCUGAUGCUUUUGAGAGAAUAGACUCUUUUAGCGUACAGUCAUUAGAUAGCCGGAGUGUCAGCGAAAUCAAUUCAGAUGACGAGUUGUCAGGCAAGGGAUAUGCUUUAGUGCCUAUUAUAGUUAAUCCUUCAACUCCAAAGACUAAAACAGUUGACUCUGUUGAAGGAAAAACUGAAGAAGAAGCAAAUGAAACAUUAGUUGUACCUACUGAGGAAACAGAAAUGGAGGAAAGUGGACGAAGUGCAACUCCUGUUAACUGUGAACAGCCAGAUAUGCUGGUUUCUUCUGUGCCAAUGAAUGAAGGAUACACUGGCUUAGACAAGGUGGCUGAGCAAUGUGAAGCUGCUGAGAGUCAGCCAGAAGCUGUUUCUCAGAAGGAAGAUGUUUGCAAGACAGUUGAAUUUCUGAAUGAGAAACUGGAGAAAAGGGAGGCUCAAUUAUUAUCUCUUAGUAAAGAAAAAGCAUUUCUAGAAGAAGCUUACGAUAACCUGAAAGAUGAAAUGUUCAGAGUCAAAGAAGAAAGCAGUAGCAUUUCUUCCUUGAGAAAUGAGUUUACUCAAAGAAUUGCAGAAGCAGAAAAGAAAGCCCAACUAGCUUGCAAAGAGAGAGAUGCUGCUAAAAAGGAAGUCAAAAAUAUAAAAGAAGAACUUGCCACUAGAUUAAACAGUAGUGAAACUGCAGACCUUUUGAAAGAGAAAGAUGAACAGAUUAAAGGAUUAAUGGAAGAAGGAGAAAAACUUUCAAAGCAGCAGCUACAUAAUUCUAAUAUCAUUAAGAAAUUAAGAACUAAAGACAAAGACAAUGAAAAUAUUAUUACAAAGCUGAACAAAAAAGCUAAAGAGCUAGAAGAGGAGUUGCAGCAUUUAAAACAGGUCCUUGAUGGCAAAGAAGAGGUUGAGAAACAGCACAGAGAAAAUAUUAAAAAACUGAAUUCUGUAGUUGAACGCCAAGAGAAAGAUCUUGGCCGAUUUCAGGUAGACAUGGAUGAACUUGAAGAAAAUAACCGAAGUAUUCAGUCUGCCCUGGAUAAUGCAUACAAAGAACUUACUGAUCUUCACAAAGCCAAUGCUGCAAAGGAUAGUGAGGCACAGGAAGCUGCUCUGAGUCGUGAAAUGAAAGCUAAAGAAGAACUUUCCACAGCACUAGAGAAGGCCCAAGAAGAAGCCCGUCAGCAACAAGAAACAUUAGCAAUUCAAGUGGGGGACCUUCGGCUGGCACUGCAGCGUGCAGAACAAACAGCUGCCAGGAAAGAGGAUUAUUUGCGCCAUGAGAUCAGUGAGCUUCAGCAGAGACUCCAGGAAGCAGAGAAUCGAAACCAAGAACUGAGUCAAAGUGUUUCAUCAACAACCAGACCCUUGCUUCGACAAAUAGAAAAUUUGCAAGCAACGCUAGGGUCCCAGACGUCAUCAUGGGAGAAGUUAGAGAAGAAUCUUUCUGAUAGGCUUGCUGAGUCCCAGACCUUGUUGGCAGCCGCAGUUGAAAGAGAGCGUGCUGCUUCAGAAGAACUCCUUGCCAAUAAAAUGCAAAUGUCUUCAGUAGAAUCACAGAAUGCGCUCCUAAGGCAAGACAACAGUAGAUUUCAGGCCCAGCUAGAAUCAGAGAAAAGUAGGCUAAGAAAAUUGGAGGAUGAAAAUAAUCGGUACCAGGUUGAAUUAGAAAACCUAAAAGAUGAAUAUGUAAGAACACUUGAAGAGGCAAGGAAAGAAAAGACACUGUUGAAUAGUCAGUUAGAAAUGGAAAAAAUGAAAGUUGAACAAGAAAGGAAGAAAGCCAUUUUCACUCAAGAAGCAUUAAAGGAAAAGGAACACAAGCCAUUUUCUGUUUCUAGUACUCCCACCAUGUCUCGCUCAAGUUCAGUAAGUGGAGUUGAAAUGGCAGGGCUACAAACAUCUUUUCUGUCUCAGGAUGAAUCUCAUGACCACUCAUUUGGACCAAUGUCUUUGUCAACAAAUGGAAGCAAUCUCUAUGAUGCUGUAAGGAUGGGAGCAGGAUCAAGCAUUAUUGAAAAUCUACAGUCUCAGCUGAAGCUAAGGGAAGGAGAAAUUACUCAUCUGCAGCUAGAAAUUGGCAAUCUAGAAAAGACUCGAUCGAUAAUGGCUGAGGAGCUAGUUAAAUUAACAAAUCAAAAUGAUGAGCUUGAGGAGAAAGUGAAGGAGAUACCCAAACUUCGAAUUCAGCUAAGAGAUUUGGAUCAGCGAUACAACACUGUUCUGCAGAUGUAUGGAGAAAAAGCAGAAGAAGCAGAAGAACUCCGAUUAGAUCUUGAAGAUGUAAAAAACAUGUAUAAAACCCAAAUAGAUGAGCUUUUAAGACAAAGGCUCAGUUAACUGCUAAAAAUUGAAUUUCCAUCAAACUGAAUGUAAACAUAUAAUAUGUAAAUGCAGACUUCCAAUAAAUUGUUUUAUAGAAUUAGACAAUGGGAUUUACUGUAGAGUGCAAAAACUUUUUAAAAAAUUGUUUUACAGUAUGUAGUAAUAUUUGCAGUUAAAUUAUUUUGUGCAAUAUUUGAAUUUUAUUUUUAAAACUAUUCUUUAAAGAUUUAUUUUUCAAAGCAUCCAAUUUUUUUUGUCUUGUAUAGCAGAGAUUUAUUAUUUUAUCCACCUAUCAAUAUGGCUAGGGAAGGAGGGUGGUGUUCAUAUAUUAUUGUAGAUAUAUAAUUAAUUGUAUCUAUAAUUUAUAUCUCUGUAUAUAUUAAGAAUGUUUAAAGAGUAAUAUUAACAUAUUUAAACUUUGAAAUCUUUCACACUUAAACCUUCAACAAAUCUGAAGAAAAUGAUUUUUUAGUGUUCAAGUAAAAAAGUUAUUGAACUUACGAUUAGUAAACUUUAGACCAGUUUUUUCCUUUAAAAGUAGAAGUCACUGUCUGAAACUUCAAGAGUAAUUUAAACUUAAAAAAAAAAUUAAGACUUGAAAAUUUGCUUUAUCCAGCUUCCACAAUUAAGUGUGAACAAAUUUUGCUACAUUAUGGUACCUAUCCAAAGAAAGCUAUACAUAUUCAAAAUUUUCUAGGUAUAAUUUGGUAGUGGAGUUUUACUUAAAAUUAUUUGUGAUGGCAUUAGUAACAUUUAAUUUUGAAGAGCUAUUAUUUACUCAUUAUGAAAUGAGCUGAAAGUAAUAAAAUUAUUAACAUUCUGUAAAAAUUGUUCACUUUUUGUAAAGACAUUUUUGGCAUAUUAAAAAUGAAUGUUUUGCUAUAUGUUUUCAUAACAAAAUGGAAACAUAGGAGUUAACUUAAAUUUGGGAUUUUACAAUUUACUGUAAUUUGUCAUGUUUUGUCUUGAAGCUUCAAACUAACAAAAAAAAGUAUAGAAUAGCUUUAGAAAAUAUCUGUGCCCUCUUCCAGAUGUUACUUUGUUCAAAAGUUAAUGGGGUUGUUUUAUACUCAUAAAAUAUUUGGAUAUAUUUCAUUCCUAAAAGUUAGCAAUGCCUUUACAGUAGUCCCGUGUUAUCUGUGGUUUUGUUUUCUGUGGUAUCAGUUACCCAGAGGUAGCCAAAAUCUAAAAGUAACAUAUGGAAAAUUCCAGAAAUAGUUUGUAAGUUUAAACUAUGCUGUUCUGAGUAGCAUAGUGGAAUCCCUUUAUUCUGCUCCAUCAUGCCUGGGACAAGAAUCAUCCCUUCCUCCAGCACAUUCAUGUCCUCCCAUUAGUCACUUUGUAGCCAUCUCCGUUGUCAGGUUGAUUGUCACAGUUUGCAGUGCUUGUGUUCCAGUGACCCCUACUUUAUUUAAUGGCCCCAAAGCAAAGAUGGCAGAGAGAAGCCAUAAAGUGCUUUCUUUCAGUGAAAGGUGAAAAUUAUUGUUGAUACAUAAGAGUUGGGUACUAUCCAUGAUUUCAGGCAUCCACUGAGGGUCUUCAAACAUGUCCCCCAUUGGUAAAGGGAAUUACUGUAUUUUCAAACAGGAACUUUGAUUUUUAGCUGAGUUUUAAACAUUUGUACUUCAGAAUCUAGUUAUAAGUAAGCCAUUUUGAAGAACUUGGAGAGUUUUUCAGGAUAAUUCAGGUGACCUUGUUUUUAUUCUUUUUGAAUUCCAGACAAUAUUUCUGUCAUUGGAUAUCUGAUUUGUAGAAUUAGUAAAUAUCAGUGAAAGUCAGAUUCAUAAAGUUAGUUUUCUAUAUUUUAGUGCUAAAAAACAAUCUAAUAGCUUUUUGUCAGCCUUGUUUUUCUUUUUAAUAUUCAGGGGCAGGAUGGCAAGACUGAUAGCAAUAAGAAAUGUACAGAGUUAGGAAAUCCAGGAAACUAAGGUUUAAAUUUGUGACCAAACAUUUGAAACUAGGUGCUUAAGAAUUAUAAAAUAGUUCUUUUAAAGAAUCUAGUAAAGAUUUUGAAAUUAAAUUCUUUGUUAUACCUUUUAACUUUAUAAUAUUAAACAUCUCUAAUCCUUAUUCACACUAAUAAAAUCAUUUCACCUAAAAUUUUAAGUGUUUUCAACAUAUUUAAUUAGAAAAUGACAAGCAGCUAUUUAAGUCUCUGGAUAUGUACUCACAUAUAUUAUGCUUUGUCUACUAAUUAUAGCUGAUAACUCAUACCAGUCUUAUUUUGAUUAGUAUUCAUUUAAGUCUGUCAAUACGUUUGUAAGUUGAGAAGAGAUACUGAAUCAAUUUCCUGAAAAACCCCAAUAAGUGACAACACCUAUUAAAUACUGGUUGCAGUGUUUUGUAUUUGUCAUUAAAACUUCUCUGUCCAUUUUCUAGUAAAAGAGGAUUCAUAUUUUAGUGGAUAAAAAUUGUUUGCUGUUAGCUAUUUCCAUUAUUGAAAGAAAACAGAUAAUUGUGAAAAUAUUUUUAAGAGCAUAUCUUUAAGAGGCAUGAACAUUGUCUGGCUAUAGACAUGCACACGCUGAAGGUACCCUUCUGACUUUCCGGGAAUCGACACUACCAUCUUACCUUUCCUUUGCCUCGUUUUUGAGAACUUCUAGUUGUACAGUGUUUAGCAUGUAGAAUGUACUAAAUAUAUCUAUAUUGUGAUUUAUGAUACUCUAAAUACGGAUAAUUCCUGACCUAGGGAAACAUGAGUUUUUGUAACUAAGUAAAUGAAAAGAAUGUUCAGAAAAGUUUUUCUCAUGAGCCCUCAGUGAGCAUUUGAUUUAUUUGAAUGCUAGCUAUUAAUAAGCAUAUAACUAAUAGUAUUUAGAAAAUAGCCACCAAAGGAGAAAAAUGACUAAAUGUUUUAUCUUAUUUUCCUACUGUGUUUAUUAUUGUAUAUGUUUAUGUUCGAAUGUAUCAUUUCUCAUUUUCAUUUAGAAAAGUUGAUUUAAUUCUCUAUUAUAGGUCAGUUUUAAACUAUAAAAACUUCAAUCACAUAUUUUGUAAAGGGCUAAAGGUAUGAUUUAAA